AUGUGCGACAAUACCUACAACCUUGUUCAGUCUCGCUAUGGUGACAUCGCAAAACAGAGCACCAACGUCCAGCAGCACGACAAAGAAGAGGAAAUCGCUAGGGCGUUUGGCUACAGCGCGGAAGAUCUGAGUUCCUUGCCAGGGAGGACUAACCUUGGCUUGAGCUGUGGAAAUCCGGUAGGAUUUGCGAAUGUGAAAGAGCAGGGCGAGACAGUUCUGGACCUUGGCAGCGGCAGUGGCAUCGAUGCCCUCCUGGCCGCUCGUAAAGUUGGGCCUAAUGGACAGGCCAUCGGCGUGGAUAUGACAAGAAGUAUGAUUGAACUCGCCGAGAAGAAUAUCUCAAAGGCACAACUUUCCAAUGCAAAAUUCAUCGAAUCAAAUAUCAAGUCCAUCCCGCUGCCAGACUCCAGCGUCGACUGCAUCAUCAGUAACUGUGUCAUCAAUCUUGUCCCGGCUACCGACAAGGCGGCCGUUUUUCGAGAGAUCGCGCGUCUACUGAAACCCGGUGGCAGGAUCGCAAUCAGCGAUAUUCUAGCUAGAAAGCCGCUCCCGGACCAUCUUACUAAUAAUAUGGCGAUGUAUGUUGGGUGUGUUGCGGGUGCUAGUCAGAUUGGGGAGUAUGAGGCGUAUCUCAGGCAGGCGGGAUUCGAAGGCACGUAUACCGCUGUAAAGAGAGUCAUGAGUAUUGACUUGUUACUAGGCGUGUUUAUUGUUGAUACGAAGUCGGACCUUAAUCUUUAUAAAGAGUCUUCGUAUUUGCCUCAGAGCUCGUGUUGUGGCGGUGGCCUUGAGCGUACGGGGACUCCGAGUGAUAUUGCGGGUUUGGAUUUCAAUGAGUGGGCCGGUCCGUUACGACCCUUCAUCCUGGCUUGA